AGCCUUCCUCUGGGCGGCCCCAUCCUCCGUGCAGCCGCACUUUAAAGGCAAGCUCCCAAACAGCUGGCGCCAGAUGCAGGAGCCGCGACCCCCAGCACCAUGAGCCGCCCUCGUCCCCUUUUACGCCUAGCUUGCUCGGAGGAACUAAGUAGGUGACGGCGGGACAGGACAGGACAGGACGGGACUGCCCCGCUCGCUGCUCGGCGCCGGGAGGAGAAUGGGGCGCCUCGGGGAAUCAACUCCAACCUCUAUCCUCAUCCUGGCCUCCGUUGUGAAUUCCCUUGUCAUCGCGAGUUUCGUGGAGACGAACCUGUGCAAGUGGUGUGACUACUCUAACCCAAUCUGCGAGGACAAAGUGUGCUACAGCAACUGUACACUGAACUCCUACUGUGAAAGCUCAGAGGAAAUCUGUGUGGCCAUAUGGAGGAAGAACAAUGAGUCCAUCAGUGUUCAAACCAUGUGCCACUAUCCUCAUCUGCCGGUCGAGAACGUGGUCAUCAGCACCUACAACACGACUGUUUGCGUAAUGACGGAGCUCCCGGCCGGCGAGGGGGCGGUCUACGUCUGUGGCUGCACCAACGAACAGGAAUGCAAUGACAAACUUAUCUUUGAAGCUGAUCUCAAUGAUUAUCCUGUUCCUCAAAACAAUGAGGUCCUUCCUGUGGCGGUGUUGAGUCUCCUGCCUCCCACCCUCAUCGCUUUCAUGGUGACCAUGGCAUUUUACCUGUUCCGCACUCGCCAACAGAGAAAAGUGACCCAAGAUUGGCCAGAGGUGGAGAGCCGAGCCCAGCCUCGAACGGCCAACAGGAAGUGCGGCGGGUACGAGGGCAAAGGUUCCGUGGAGCCGGGCGACAGUCACUCUGACAUGAGUGUGACCUGUGCCAAUAACAUCAACCACAACACCGAGCUGUUGCCCAUCGAGCUGGACGCCGUGGUCGGCAAAGGGAGGUUCGCGGAGGUCUGGAGAGCAAAGCUCAAACAUUGCGCCUCGGGGCAGUACGAGACCGUCGCAGUCAAAAUCUUCCCCUGUGAAGAGUACAUAUCGUGGAGAGGCGAAAAGAGGAUAUUUUCCGAUGUUGAUCUGAAACACGAGAGUGUUCUUCAGUUUCUCACAGCUGAGGAGAGGGGAAGAGGACUAGAAAAGCAAUAUUGGCUCAUCACAGCCUACCACAGCACGGGGAACCUGCAAGACUUCCUCACCACUCACACUCUGACCUGGGCAGAGAUGUAUGUGAUGACGGGCUCCCUGGUAAACGGCAUUGCGCACCUGCACAGCGAUUACACUGCCUGCAGAACACCAAAGAUUCCUAUAUCUCACAGAGACAUAAAGAGCACAAACGUACUCGUUAGCAACAAAAAAGAGUGCAUUUUGUGCGACUUUGGGCUGGCUCUAAGGCUUGACCCCACUCUGACAGCUGAUGACUUUGCCAACAGCGGGCAGGUCGGCACUGCCAGAUACAUGGCACCUGAGGUUCUGGAGUCUCGUGUCAACCUGGAAGAUCUUGAGUCAUUUAAACAGAUGGACAUCUACUCAAUGGCCCUGGUCUUGUGGGAGAUGGCAUCUCGCUGCCAGGUCAUUGGAGAGGUGAAAUGUUACGAGUCGCCGUUCAGCUCGAAGGUCCGUGAACAUCCCUGUGUGGAAAGCAUGAGAGACAUUGUACUGCGUGACAGGGGACGGCCUGAGAUUCCCAGCCAUUGGCAGCUGCAUAAAGGCAUGCAUUUCCUCUGUGACACCAUUGUUGAUUGUUGGGACCACGAUCCGGAAGCACGAUUAACAGCGCACUGCGUGGCUGAAAGGAUCAACAUGAUGGCACAAAUGAACUGUGACGAUGGGCUCAAUAACAACUCAGCCAUUGAAGCAAGAAAGGAAGGAGGUUCUGAGCCCGUAACUCUCGAGAGCACGGCUGAACUUAAAAAUAUUCAAGUGGUCACGGACGUGUGAUCAAGUGUGGACCUUGAUCUCUCUCUGCAUGAGAAACGACGAGAAUGAACACCACGAAUGAAACACGCAUGUCCCAGGAACAAAACCCCCUUAAGAUGAGGUGUCAUUAAUAACAACUUAAUCUGAUGCGAUCAUCAAGUACCUGGGACUCCAGGUAAAAAGUACGUGGGGUCUCGACCCACUCCUUCUCUCCAGAGAUGCUGCCUGUCCCACUGAGUUACUCCAGCAUUUUGUGUCUAUCUUCAAAGAGUACGUGAGGUUUGGUUCCUGCUCUGAACUGCUGCGUAUCAUCAUCUGGUGAUCUAUAGAUUAUUUGUCAUAAGACUUUGCCCUCCCCCUUCCCAUUUCUCCAAUCUCUUACUGUCUCCGACUACACUUUAUCUCUGUACCGCCCACUCCCCUGACAUCAAACUGAAGAAGGGUCUCGAUCCGAAAC